AUGGAUUUGGUAUCUAGUUGCAAGGAAAAAUUGGCGUAUUUUCGAAUAAAAGAGCUCAAGGAUGUUCUCACCCAAUUAAGCCUUUCAAAGCAGGGGAAGAAGCAGGAUCUUGUUGACCGGAUAUUAGCACUUCUUUCUGAAGAUCAAGUUUCUAAAAUGUGGCCAAAGAAGAAUACAGUUAGAAAGGAACAGGUGGCGGAACUUGUAGAUGACACCUAUAGAAAAAUGCAGAUUUCUGGGGCCCCUGAUUUAGCAUCAAAGGGACAAUGCAUCUCUGACAGCAGUAAUGUGAAAAUAAAAGGUGAAAUUGAGGAUCCCUUUCAGUCAGAUAUAAAGGUUCGCUGUCUCUGUGGGCGUUUAUUAGAAACAGAGUCAAUGAUCAAGUGUGAAGAUCCAAGAUGCCAAGUGUGGCAACACAUGAGUUGUGUUAUUAUUCCAGAGAAACCUGUGGAAGGCAAUCUACCAGUUCCCGAAUUAUUUUAUUGUGAAAUGUGUCGACUAAGUCGGGCUGAUCCGUUUUGGGUAACUAUUCAACAUCCUUUACAUCCUGUUAAGUUGAAUGUUACAAAUAGUCCAACUGAUGGUUCAAACCCAGUCCAAACUGUGGAGAAAACAUUUCACCUCACCAGGGCAGACAAAGACUUAUUGUCUAAACAAGAAUAUGAUGUCCAGGCUUGGUGUAUGCUUCUAAAUGACAAAGUUGCAUUCAGGAUGCAAUGGCCGCAAUAUGCAGAUCUACAGGUCAAUGGUAUGCCUGUUCGUGCAAUUAAUAGACCUGGCUCGCAACUUCUUGGAGCUAAUGGUCGUGAUGAUGGUCCAAUUAUCACACCAUACACGAAAGACGGAAUUAAUAAGAUUUCCUUAACAGGAUGUGAUGCCCGUAUAUUCUGCUUAGGGGUUCGUAUUGUGAAGAGACGCACUUUGCAACAGGUUCUCAAUGUGAUUCCCAAGGAGUCUGAUGGUGAGCGUUUUGAAGAUGCUCUUGCUCGUGUGUGUCGUUGCGUUGGUGGCGGGACCACAAUGGAUAACGAUGAUAGUGACAGUGAUUUGGAAGUUGUUGCAGAUUCUUUCACUGUCAAUCUGCGUUGUCCGAUGAGUGGUUCAAGAAUGAAGGUUGCUGGGAGAUUCAAGCCCUGCCUUCACAUGGGCUGUUUUGAUCUUGAAGUGUUUGUGGAAAUGAAUCAACGGUCAAGGAAGUGGCAAUGCCCCAUUUGUCUUAAGAACUAUGCACUGGAGAAUGUCAUUAUUGAUCCAUAUUUUAAUCGUAUCACGUCAAAGAUGAGGUAUUGUGGAGAAGAUGUAGCAGAGAUUGAGGUGAAGCCUGAUGGUUCUUGGCGAGUGAAGACUAAGAGUGAAAGUGAUCGUAGGGAUCUUGGGGAACUUGGGCGGUGGUACCUUCCUGAUAGUACACUUGCCCCAACAGAUGAAGAAAUUAUCCCAAAAACUGAAGUUUUGAAGCAGGUCAAACAGGAAGGUGUUUCAGAAGGUCAUACUGGUUUGAAACUAGGAAUGAGGAAGAAUCGCAAUGGUGUUUGGGAAUUCAGCAAACCUGAAGAUAUGAACACCUCUUCGGAUAAUAGAUUACAAGUGCCAUUUGGAGACCACGAGGUAAAAGUUAUCCCAAUGAGUAGCAGUGCCACCGGAAGUGGUAGGGAUGGUGAAGAUGCAAGUGUAAAUCAGGAUGGUGGUGGGAACUUUGAUUUCUCUACUAACAACGGAAUUGAGAUGGAUUCCUUUUCUCUAAAUGUUGAUUCUGUGUAUGGAUUUUCUGGACAAAAUCCUUCUGCAACUGUAGGAGAUGCAGAAGUUAUUGUCCUAAGUGAUUCCGAUGACGACAUAAUGCCCGCUGGAACCAUCUACAGGAGUGAGAGAAAUGAUACUGGCGGGAUUAAUUUUCCUGUGGCCCCUUCUGGAAUUGCUGAUUCAUAUGGUGAAGAUCCCACGCUUGGGACUGGUGGGAAUCCAUGCUUGGGUCUUUUUAAUGGCAACGAUGAUGAUUUUAUUCCGCUCUGGCCACCAUUAGCUCCCGGAACUCAAUCAGGCCCUGGGUUUCAAUUAUUUAGUUCUGAGGCAGAUGUACCAGAUACCCUAGUUGGUCUGCCACAUGGUUCCAUCAAUUGUUCCACAUCUAUGAAUGGAUACACCUUGGCUUCAGAAACUGCCAUGGGAUCUGCUAGCUUAGUACCUGAUUCUUCUGUUGGUCGUUCAGAUGCUGACAUGAAUGAUGGCUUAGUUGAUAAUCCAUUGGCUUUUGCUGGUGAUGAUCCCUCUCUUCAAAUAUUUCUUCCCACAAGACCAUCAGAUGCAUCAGUGCAUUCCGAUUUGAGAGAUCAGGCUGAUAUGUCAAAUGGUGUCCCUACUGAUGAUUGGAUUUCUCUGAGGCUUGGGGGUGAUGCCAGUGGCAUUAAUGGUGCGCCUGCAACUCCAAAUGGAUUAAAUUCGAGAAUGCAAAUGCCAUCCAGGGAUGGUGCCAUGGAUUCUUUGGCUGACACAGCUUCUUUGCUUCUCGGUAUGAAUGACGGUAGCAGAUCUGACAAGACAAGUAGGCAGAGAUCAAAUAGUCCUUUCUCAUUUCCUCGCCAAAAACGUUCUGUCAGGCCGCGGUUGUAUCUUUCUAUUGACUCGGACUCUGAAUAG